CAAGAUUCACCAACACUUGUUCAAUUGCUCUUUCCUUUCUGUGCAAUGGCAAUCACAAUGAAUCACUUCUUCCUAUCUGCAAUGGUCAUACUUAUUUUCUCGUUCACAUCUCUGGAUUUAACUGCGGCACAAAUCGGAGUAUGCUACGGACGGAACGGCGCCGGCCUACCCCCUCCGUCCCGAGUCGUGGAGCUAUUCAAGCAGUACAACAUCAAAAGAAUGCGAAUUUACGACACAUACCAACCCGCCCUCGAAGCCCUCCGCGGCUCGGACAUCGAGCUCACCGUAGGAAUCCUAAACAUGCAGCUCCAGGAGAUCGCCGCCGCCCAAUCCAACGCCGACCGCUGGGUCCAAGACAACAUCCGCAACUACGGAAACGUCCGCUUCCGCACCGUCGUCGUCGGCAACGAGGUCAGCCCGAUCCGACCCGAAACCUCCCAAUACGUCCCCUUCCUCCUCAACGCCAUGCGCAACAUCCGCGCCGCCCUCGAUGCCGCCGGCCUCGGCGCGAUCAAAGUCACCACAGCCAUCGAGACCGAGGUCGUGGACCCCGCCACAAAUUUCCAGCCAAGCAAGGGCGAUUUUCGACCUGAGGUGAGGCCGUUUCUCGACCCGAUCGUCGCGUUCCUCUCCGACACGGGCGCGCCUAUCUUCGCCAGCAUAUACCCCUUCUUGGCCUACUUGAACAACAAGGCGCAGAUCUCUUUCAACUACGCCUUUCUGCAGCCGAACAGCGGCAUCACUGCGGACGGGGUUUACUACGACAAUCUCUACUACGCGCUCGUGGACGUCGUCAACGCGGCGCUGGAGAAGAGCGCUGCGAGGGUGUCGGGUGCGGCUUCUGCGGACCAGGGGGGGCCGAAGAAGCCGCCGCCUGAGGUGGGAGGGGGGGAGUCGGGCGUGCCGACAGCCGGGUCGGGGGAUGCGACGUCGAGCGUGGAGAAUGCGAGGAUUUAUAAUAAUAAUUUGGUGAGGGUUGUGAAGAACGGGACGCCGUUGAGGCCGGGAAAGCCGAUUGAGACUUACAUUUUUGCGAUGUUUGAUGAGAGUGAUAAGCCCGGUUCAGAAAUGGAGAGGAAUUUCGGGCUUUUUAAUGCCAAUGGGGAUCCCAAAUACCCAAUGAAUUUUAAUUAGCUAAAAAAUGAUGGUUGUAACUUGUAAUGGUUGACGACAAUAAAGGCCUAUAUGAAGCCUUUGUAGUGUAGCACGUGUGUAAAAUUGCAAGAACUAUAAUAAAGAGUUGAUUGAUGGAAUAUUUUUAA